CCACCCAUUUUUCACUACAAAAAUUAAAUCAGUACUUAGUAAUUAUUUUAUUUUAUUUUCAUUUCUAUUUAAAAACGAUGCCGUCUUCUUCGGUCGUUAUCGUCUCCAAAUCCACCGUUCGCUGCCACCGUAGCGCCGCCGCGGAAACCCUAAGGCUCUCCGUCUCCGACCUGCCUAUGCUCUCCUGCCAAUACAUUCAGAAAGGCGUUCUUCUGCCGCCGCCGCCGCUCUCCUCUGAGGACCUCCUCUCUCUCCUCAGAAUUUCGCUCUCGAAAACGCUCUCGCACUUCCCCGCUCUCGCCGGUCGACUGCGCACCGACGCCGACGGCUGCGUGUACAUCGUGUGCGACGAUUCCGGCGUGGAUUUUUACCACGCGAAGGCGGCGCAUCUCUCCGCCACCGCGCUGCUUCCGGAGAAGGAUCGGGAUAUUCCGGCGGCGUACCGGAGGUUCUUCCAGUGUGAUAAGAUGCUCAGUUACUCUGGACAUGAGAAACCGCUCGUGGCUGUGCAGGUGACUGAGCUAAACGACGCCGUUUUCGUCGGCUGCUCUGUGAAUCACGCGGUUGUUGAUGGAACAUCGUUUUGGAAUUUCUUCAAUACCUUCGCGGAAAUGGCGCGGGGAGUGAAGAGGAUUUCGAAGUCGCCGAACUUUCGCCGCGAUACUGCUUUCGAUUCGCCGGCGGUGCUGGUUUUCCCGCCGGGAGGUCCGUCGGCGACAUUCUCCGGCGAGGAGCCUUUACGCGAGAAAAUCUUCCAUUUCAGCAGAGAAGCAGUUUUGAAACUGAAAUUGAGGGCGAAUAGCCCGACCCGAAAGCCCAAACCCUACCCGGAUUACGAGACGGUGGGUAAACGGAGCAACGACGGUUGGGGAAAUAACCGUAGCAAAACUUACGGCGAGGUAACGUCCGUUACGGAGAAACAUCCGACGGUUGAGAUCUCAUCAUUCCAGUCAUUAUCCGCACACCUGUGGAGAUCCGUGACACGUGCGAGGGACCUAAAGCCGGGGAAAACGACGACGUUUCGAAUGGCGGUGAAUUGCCGGAGCCGGCUGUUGCCGCGGCUCGAGCCGACGUACUUCGGAAACGCAAUUCAGAGCAUUCCGACCACCGCCGCCGCCGGCGAGCUGCUAUCCAACGGCUUGAGCUGGAGCGCCGCCCUCCUGCACACGAACGUGGCGGCGCACGGCGACGCCACGGUGCGGCGCGGCGUGAAGGUCUGGGAAAGUGAGCCGAGGCUGUUUCCGUUGGGAAAUUUCGACGGCGCGAUGCUAACCAUGGGGAGCUCGCCGCGUUUUCCGAUGUACGACAACGAUUUUGGGUGGGGGCGGCCGAUCGCCGUCAGAAGCGGCGGCGCGAACAAAUUCGACGGGAAGAUAUCGGCGUUUCCGGGGGCGGAAGGGAACGGGAGCGUCGAUCUGGAGGUGGUCCUGUCGCCGGAGACCAUGGCCGGUUUGGAGAACGAUCUAGAAUUUAUGGAAUACGUAUCGUGAAAAAAAAUUGCAGCAGCCACCCUAAACGACGGCGUUUUGCCACUUCCGUUUUCACAGGCCAAGCCUGAAUAUAGAUAUUUAUAUCCCUUUUUGUAAAUGGGGCUUCUUUUUUAUUAACAUUUUUACCAUAAA